AUGUCCGACAGCAAGCCUUUCCGACGGGACCUCCCUUUCGAAGAAGCCCACGCCGGGCUCAAGCGGCAUUUCGCCACUUUCCAAGGCCCAAAGUACGCCGAAGGCUGGGCCGCGCUCUGGGCGGACGGCGGGUUCUUGCCCUGGGACCGCAUGGCACCUUCUCCAGCCCUGGCAGACACGCUGAUCAACCAUGUCGAAGUGAUCGGCCGUGCCAUCCUCGAUGAGGACGGGCAGACGCGGCGGAAACGCGCACUGGUUCCCGGCUGUGGGCGCGGAGUCGAUGUGUUGUUGCUGCAGAGCUUUGGCUAUGAUGCCGUGGGGCUGGAGUACAGCAAGGAUGCGGUCAAGGCGUGCGAGGAGUACGCAAGAGAACAUGCCGACGACUUUCCUGUGCACGACGAGAAGAUAGGCAGGGGCAGUAUCCAGUUUGUGCAGGGCGAUUUCUAUUCCGAUGAAUGGCUGGAAAAGACGGGCUUCGGGAAGGAUGCAAAAUUCGACUUGAUCUACGAUUAUACUUUCUUCUGUGCGAUGGACCCUAAGAUGAGACCAUCCUGGGCCAUGCGGAUGACGGAGCUGCUUCGAAAAUCAUCCCAGGCCAAUCUGAUAUGCUUGGAGUUUCCCACCACCAAGCCCGCUGCCGCCGGCGGUCCGCCGUUCGCGUCUUCCCCCAAAGCAUAUCUGGAACACCUGAGUUACCCUGGAGAAGAGAUCAAAUAUGACGCUGAGGGCAAUGUCGUGCCGAAUCCGCAGGCUCCAUCUAGUCCGGGCGCGCUCGAAAGAGUCGGACACUGGCAUCCUGCAGAUACACACAAAGUAGGCAAAGAUGCUGAUGGGAAGGUCGAGGAUUAUGUGUCUGUCUGGAGACAUCACUGA